AUGCUCAUGGAUUACACUGAGAGGGUACCUCUUCCUUUUCAAGGAAGUAACAUGCAGAUAUUGGCGGAACAGUAGGCUAACCUAUAUGAUGCGGUCGGGCGCAGGGUUCCGCAAUAGUGUGGGCGGGCGCUUCAUGCAGCAAGGAUAAAAGCGCUUCAGUUAGCUACGCAGCAAGGGUUAGGCCUACAAUCCUAGGAACAGUGUUGACUAUGUUAUGUCUGACUGGAUGCUUACCUUCACCGCGGUUGACUAUCGCAUUUUUGUCUGUUUUCCCAUACUUUGUGGAUGAGGACUUAGGAUAUGCGCAAGCGGGAUGAAGAAACAAAACCUUUUUUCAACCCGAAGUAAAAUAAAAUAGGGAUUUUCAAAUACUGGAAUUACUUCUCCCAUUCCCUAUGAAGAAGUCAAAACUACCAACCUCCAUUCCCAACAACAAGAGCCAUUGACAACCACUACCUGUUGCCGAGUCAGACCGUGACAGAUUUGGAUGCACACCUGUUUCCAUUUAUUGUUAUUCAUUGCUGUUGUUGCCCAUUCAAGUGAAAUUGGAAACCCUAUAACUGAUGAUAUUAAAAAAAUAUCUAUAUUGAAGCAAAACAUACCAAAAGAUUACAAGAUCACUGUAAAAUAUAUUCCAAUGGAAGAGAGUGGUUUGUGCUGGGUGAGACUAAAUGUAUUUCACUUGGAAGAAAGUUUAAAAGUCUUGGCCCGCAAAUUUGGAAAUAUUUCUUCAAACAGAGACCAUAUAAACACAUUUAUACAGAUCCUACGAGAGAUGCGGUAUCACAUUGGCAAUGUCUUGGAUGAUACAAUGCUGGAAUUUCAGUGCCACUACAGGGAAGAAAAGUGGCCGACAGGGGAUUAUUUUGAUUUUGUUGAAUAUUUCUUUAAAAUGGCAAAUUCUUCCAGAGAAGAUGAAGAUUGUGAAUCCCCACCCUGCCCAACAUUAGAAGGUACCACAACAACUUCAUAUACCACAAAAGCAGGAUCUGUUAGUCCACCUUCUGCAGGAACAGGUCAACUAAAAGAUAAAGAAAAGAUUCCAUGGGUCCUUCCAGAAAACAUAGAAAAAAGCCUUCUGUCACUUCUACUCAUUCCAGUCAUUGCCAUUUUGCUUCUAUUUGCAUGGAAGAUCAAAUCUAGAAGACAUGUUGCACUGACAGACAAAAAAGCAUCAUCACAUGAUGUCACCAAAGGAGUGGAUGGCAGCUCACCCCAAUUAGAAACUGAAGCCCUUGAGGAAAAAAAAUGUUUGAACGUCAUUGAAAUUACUGAGGAGGUAUAAUUCAGUCACAGAAUCUUGGUAUAUAUGAUCAUUGUCCAAAGGCAGAUUGGGAGAGCAGUUGAUGGUUACAUUUUUAAGAAUGUCAUUCUGGACUCAUUUCUGAUCCUAUAAAUACUGCUGCUACAACACUGCAGGAGCAUGUGUGUGCACUGCAAGCUGACAUGACACAAUUAUCUACAGAUUUGAUCUUGACAUAUUCACUAAGCAGCCAAGUUUUUUCCCCUGACUGGAUGAUGUCAUUUUUUUCUCUUGGAGGAAUCUAUGUAGUCACCUGAAAGAUACUGAGAGAGUUAUGGUUAAAAGCAAAGAUGCUCAUUAUGUAAGCAUUCAUUUGGAAGACCUCAGAAGAAAAUACUCUGGAAGGGCUACAAUCAUUUUUUUCUUUAAGGAGUAAGUAUAAAUGACUACCUCCACAUGCACUGGUCUUAAUCGCCAUCUUUAAUGUAAUACCUUAUUUUAAACUGGGUUAUGCAUGGAUAACAAUGGAAUAUUGCUAUGAAAUAUUGAAAUAUUUCAUCUGUUCUGUGUAUCAUGUUGAAUCACUAAGCAAGCAAUGUGGAUUUUAUUUAUUUGUUUGUCUAGACAAUUUGCUGGUUAUAUGUGCAUUUUUAAUGGCAGUAUGUGGUAUUUGUAGUAGUAAAACUGCAAACUUGUGCCAUGAACUUUUGAUAUAUUUAAUCAAAAUCUACAUCCAUGUUCUCCUUGUGUUUCUCUAAAUUACAUGUACAUUCUUCACUAUGGUCCACGGUGGUGAUUUUAUGAAAGAAAAAAAAUACACAAAAGGACUUUCUUGAUUGAAAAAUAGAUGUGAGUGAAAUCACUGUGUGCAGUGUGUGCACUGUGUGCAGUAUAGUGUGAUGAAAUAAAGAUGCAUUCCUAUUUACUAUGUAAAAUUAACUGAUAUAAAUGAACAAUGUGGAUGUGGGAAUAUCAAGCAAGAAUGAUUAAAGUCAUUACAAUGCUAUGACACUUUA